UGUCCUUUAAGAUUUUAAGUAAACACAAGCACACUACAUGUUCUUUAAAACAUGCAUUUACAAGUGCAUAUACUUGUUCACUAGCUCCUCAUAGCCAAAAAAGACUCAGCACACAAUUGGAUAUAGAUGUGAUUUGUUUUCAUAAACAGGCUUAGUUUUUUGUUUGUUUGUUUGUUUUUCAUGUCAUACCUUGACGGUUUCGACUACUGACUCUGCAGUCAUCCUCAGAUGAGUCAUGUGACAUCACGUGACUCAUCUGGGGGUGACUGCAGAUUCAGCAGUCAAAGGUGGAGGGUGGCAUUUUCAUGCACUGUAAUAAACAACUGCCACUUGAAAUUAGAGACGGACAUCGGAAUUGACAACUAAUGCUACAGAGAUAGAUCUGAAUAUUGACCAAAACAGUUUAUUCUGUAAUCUGACAUUCUGUGUUUGUACUUACAUACAGGUAUAUUUGUGUCAGCAGUGCAAGUUGUAAAUUGACUUUAAACAUCAAUGUGUUGAAGCAGCAAAGAGGACUAGUCUGAACAAAAUGUCACAGGUGGAAUAUCACAAACCGCAUGAAAUGCAUGUGAUAGUAGUGGGAGAAAUCAUAUCGGACAAAACAUCAAUAUUUAGCCUUCUGCCAGCUCAGGAGAACCCUUAGCUUGGUCAAAAAACUGUAGACUAUGUAAAACGCAGUGGUCAGGUGAGAGAUAAGAGAUUGACUAUGGUGGACACCCCAGGAUGGUGGAAGGGCUACCCUCUGAUUGACACAGCAGAGCGAAUCAAACAUAAGCUAGUGUUGAGUGUCCAACACUGCCCUCCAGGACCUCACGCUUUCAUCCUUACUGUUGAAACUGGUACAUUUACGGAGACAAACAGGAGGUCUAUAGAGGAGCACUUGGGGCUCUUUGGGGAGAACAUCUGGGGACACACCAUAGUGGUGUUCACCAAAGGAGACUCUCUGAAGGAUAAAAGCAUAGAGCAGCACAUUGAAAGUCAGGGGGAGGCUCUAAAGUGGGUAAUAGAGAAAUGUGGGAACCGAUACUGCGUCUACGACAAGCAGACUAAAGAUCAAAACCAGGUCAUCCAGCUGUUGGAACAGAUAGAGAGUGUUGUAGCGAAUAACAGUGACAGACAUUUUGAGCUUGAUGAGACAACUUUAAAAGAGGUUGAAGAGAAGAGGAAAGUUGCUAAGGUGCGAGCAAAUGCACGAAGAGAAAAGAAAGAGAAAAGAAGAGAAGAAGAGAAAAGAAAACGACUCAAAGGUCAGAUCCAGCCUCUGUCAGAAGUCAGAAUUGUUAUGUUAGGGUGGGUUACUUGUGGGAAAAGUUAUGCCAAAAAUGUCAUCCUGGACAAAAAAGAUGUUCGCCCCAGUAGAACUCAUCAAUGUGAAAAACAUGAAGGAUCAGUUGGUGACAGACAUGUCACUGUGGUGGACACUCCCGGCUGGUGGAAGUACUUCCCCGCCCAUUACACUCCUGAAUGGGUGAAGACGGAGCUCGAGCGAAGCGUGACUUUUGGUUCUAAGGCUCCCCAUGCCUUCCUGUUGGUGGUCCCAGCUGAUGUGUCGUUCCUGGAGGAACAAAGAAAGGUAAUUCAAGAGAAACAUGAAGAUCUUUGGUGAGAUGACUUGGAAACACACCUUAGUGCUUUUUACCUGGGGAGAUACUUUGGGGAACACGAGUAUCGAGGAGCACAUUGAGAGUGAAGGGGAGCCCCUCAGGUGGCUUGUGGGGAAAUGUGGGAACAGAUAUCAUGUCUUUGACAACGUGAAUGGAGGAGAUAGAUCACAAGUCCACCAGCUUCUAGAGAAGAUUGAGGAAAUGGAUGCAAGUGUUAGUUCCUGUGACGGGACCCCGAAAACCCCAGAAACGGAAGUAACAGAGAGUCACAGAAGAGAAAAGGAGGUGAGGAAAGAGAUGGUGGAGUUUCUGGACAAAGAGUGGACCAGAAGGGACAAUAAACUGGAGGAGAAGGUGAGAGCGAUGUGGCGAGAGACAAGGAGAGGAGACAGGAGCAUGGAUUACAUCCCAGACUUUUCAGUUCAGGAAAAUGAAGUAUAUUUGGAUACCAGGGGAUUGCCAAUUAAAUUUCCAUUGUUAUCAGAGAAACCAGGACAAGCAGAACAUGAACCUCCUGAACAGACUGAAAGGAACAUGCAAGAGAUGUUUAGACGGGAAUUGGCCCGACGCGAAGUUGUCAUCAUGGAGAAAUUUCAGGGCAUCAUAUCAGAGCUCAGAUUAGGAGUUGAUUUAUCUGAACCUGGUGAUCAUGAGAAGCAAGAAGCAACAGAAAAAGUGCUCAACUGGCGAACAGAAACCUCUGACCCUGGAGUUGGGUCAGAAUUAGGGGAAGAGGACAGCUUGGCAGAGUGACAAACAUAUUGAUAUUGGACUUAUGACCUGUUGCCAUGUCAGGGCCGUUUUGCCACCUCAAACGUACAUUUAUUUCUGUAAACUGAACGCCAUGUCAUCCAUUAUCCCUUACAUACUGUAUAGUACAAUAAAUUAACAUAUGACCAAGGGAUCAGGUGCAUGAAACCAUGUCUGGGGAUCAAAGUAGUCAUAAAACUUACAUAACAGAUGUUUUGUUCUGGUUAUGAUCACAAAACAAUUUUUCCUGCUACUUUGUGACGACCGGUCUAUUAAUGUUUUUAAAGUGUACAGUUGUAUUAUUGUUUAUUCAUCAAUGUUGCACAAUAUAAUUGAAUAUGAAAUGCA